GGCAUAGGUGGAGGCCGCGCCCGGAGGGGAGGAGUCGGGGCCGGCCCAGCGGCUGGGCUCGGCCGGGCUACACAAGGCCCCCCAGGGCCGAGACGGUUCUUCCUCACGCCCCAGGGCCGGUACCCUUUUCUGACUGACCCCGCUUCGCGAGCAAACGCCAGCUCCGUGACGUCACAGCCCUGCCCAUCCCCUCAGCGUGGUGUCACCUGGAGUCCCCUUCCCCGCUUCACUUGGUGCUCCCUUAGAGUCCUGUUCGCCUGGCCCGGGCUGAGCUCCGGCGGCACCGCACAUAGCCUGCCAAGCUAGAAGACUUCCCGCGGGAAACUCCUAGGACUUUUUUCGCAAACUCUGGGGUGUUGCGAAGCGUCAUAAUCACCGCCCCCAAGUCUACUCUGUCAUCCCACUGCACUGUCAGGCGCUGCCCUCGCAAGGCUCCCCAUUCGGAGUUCCUAACCCCAACUCUAGGCCGGGCUCUGAUCCCCACAUUCUCCUUCAUCUUGGGGCAGGGCGCCCCUCACCUUUUGUUCACUCAGGACUGAUUUUCCGACCGGUCUUCCUAGGCUCUCCAAUUAGUUCUAUCCGUUACUCUUCUUACUGGCAACUUGUCCCUUUGACAGAACCCAGCAGUGAUGUGGAGGUGGAGACCCACAGGAGCCCCGGACUUCACCUGAGCUACCUCAGCAGUCACCAAGGGUGGCAAGAAAAGGAAGAAAGCCCUGAGUUGGGGGGGACCAGGAUGCCUGACCGGGACAGCUAUGCCAACGGCACUGGGAGCAGCACUGGAGGCCCUGGAGGCGGUGGCAGCGAGGAAGCUAGUGGGACAGGAGCAGGCAGUGGCGGGGCCAGCUCAGAUGCCAUCUGCAGAGACUUCCUGAGGAACGUAUGCAAGCGAGGCAAGCGUUGCCGCUAUCGCCAUCCAGACAUGAGUGAAGUGUCCAACUUGGGAGUGAGCAAAAAUGAGUUCAUCUUCUGCCAUGACUUCCAGAACAAGGAGUGUAGUCGCCCAAACUGCCGAUUCAUCCAUGGCUCCAAGGAGGAUGAGGAUGGCUAUAAGAAGACGGGAGAGCUUCCCCCUCGGCUGAGACAGAAAGUAGCGGCCGGCCUGGGCCUUUCACCAGCUGACCUACCAAAUGGCAAGGAGGAGGUCCCUAUCUGCCGUGACUUUCUCAAGGGUGACUGCCAGAGAGGAGCCAAGUGCAAGUUCCGUCACCUGCAACGGGAUUUUGAGUUUGAUGCUCGGGGUGGAGGAGGCACUGGUGGUGGGGGCUCAACAGGCCCAGUCCCCCCAGGACGACGUCAUGAUCUCUAUGAUAUCUACGACCUCCCUGACAGGGGCUUUGAGGAUCAUGAACCAGGCCCCAAGCGCCGGCGAGGUGGAUGCUGCCCCCCAGAUGGCCCCCAUUUUGAAUCAUACGAAUAUAGCCUGGCUCCACCCCGAGGGGUAGAGUGCAGGCUGCUAGAGGAGGAGAAUGCCAUGCUCAGGAAGCGGGUAGAAGAGCUAAAGAAGCAGGUCAGCAACCUGCUGGCCACCAAUGAGGUACUGCUGGAACAAAAUGCUCAGUUCCGCAAUCAGGCCAAGGUCAUGACCCUGAGCUCCACUGCACCAGCGACUGAGCAGACUCUGGCCCCCACCGUGGGCACUGUUGCCACUUUUAACCAUGGCAUUGCCCAGACUCACACUACUCUCAGCAGCCAGGCUCUACAGCCUCGACCUGUGUCCCAGCAAGAACUGGUGGCCCCUGCUGGAGCUCCAGCUGCUCCCCCAACUAAUGCUGCACCUCCUGCUGCUCCACCACCCCCACCCCCACACUUGAACCCAGAGAUCACACCACUGUCAGCUGCUCUGGCUCAAACAAUUGCCCAGGGAAUGGCACCCCCACCUGUCUCCAUGGCUCCUGUGGCUGUAUCUGUGGCUCCUGUGGCCCCUGUGGCUGUAUCGAUGGCCCAACCUUUGGCAGGAAUCACAAUGAGCCAUACCACCACUCCCAUGGUGACUUACCCCAUCGCUUCCCAGAGCAUGCGUAUCACAGCCAUGCCACACUGAUGGGCCUAAUGGACACUCCUCUGGUAUAGCCUCCCAGGGCUGGGGUUGAGGGGCCCUUUACUCACCCACUCGCCUAGCCCUCCCAGGCCCUGUCUGAAGGGCUCACUCAAGAACUAGGACAAGAGACUACAAGGAGUUGUCUUCUGAGAAAGGGUUGGGCUGGUGUGUUUUCUCUCACCUCCCCUUUAUGAGGGUUCUCUUGUCCAUCUUCCUUCAAGCCUCACAGAGGGGGCUUGCAUAGGAGUACAGACUGAAGCCCGCAGAGAGGAAGGACUGACUAAGGGGCUGUAUGUCCCCUGAUGGGAAGUUGGGGACAUCCCUGGUAUUGUCCUCUCUUCUGCACAGCACAGGUUCCAGCACUGGCUUUGGAAGAAAAAAAUACCCUGCCUAGAGGGAAAGCCAGGAAAGAUUGGGAAGUGGGUGGCUAGGAGAGAAGGCCUGAUAGGAGCCUUCAGACAAUUUGGGGCCUAGUUGAGUUGGACAAUACAGGAACUGCUCCCAGGCCCGUGGGAAGGCGGGGACCAUAGUACUCCAGCCCAGAGACUAGGGGAGCAUUCAUUACCUUGGCUUGGCCUGGAAAUCCAUAGGGCAGGGCCCACCACUUUCCAAAGAAAUAAAAAAACAAUUAUUUUUAACAAAUGGAGGCAGUAAAAAUUUGCUUAGAUAUUCUGUGUGGAAUAUGGGAGCAGUAAAUAGAUGUCAUGCCAAAAUGGGAUAAAGACCCCACCCUCACAUAGCUUGGGUAAGGUUGGAUGGAAGCCAGUGAAGAUGGGUAGGGACCCAGAACAAGACCAAAUGGGGCUUUGGGGAAGGGACUUUGUGGGGUAAAAGCAUUGGAGCCAUCUAGUCUAGUUUAAAAAUAGUCCCAUCUGUUCUGGUUUCUAUGUGCAUGUACUAUUCCCAGGUUGCCUUAGUAACCAGGGCUCCUAGGGUCAUUUAGGGGGGCGGGUACUAAGGAGGGUGGAUGUUCUGGGAAAUGGGAAUGGGAUAUGUAUUGACAGAUCCUUCCCUUAUUCAAACAGCAGGGCAGGUGGCGGUUGCUCUCUGAGUUCUUGAUGGCAGUUAAUGUCCUUCUUACUCCAUCCCUUCCUUAGUAACCAAUGCCUUAAGCCUUCAAGGCUUGGGAGGUGCUGGGAAAAGGAGAGUUCUUCUGGGGACACAAGCCUCAGAGUUCAUCCCUUUCUUCCCUCUGCCUCCACAUAGGACCACAGAAGUUUUAAAUCCAAUUUAGAGUCAGUAAAGCCAAGGGCCCCAGUAGCCAAACUUCAGCUCCUCCUCAGCUCAUGGCUGAUGUAGGGGAAACAACUCAGGUGUCUAGUUUAAUGAGACAGUGCAUGUGCGGGUAGAGAAAGCGAUCCUGGGUUUUGCUCCCCCAUCAUGUCUCCUUCUACCUCUUGCUCUCUUGUCUGGUUGAUCACUCAGGUUACACCUGGGGUUGGAGAUGGGCUAGGUAGGUCAAGGCCGGUCAUUUAAAAAAAAAAAAAGAAUGGGCCUAAAGACCAAAAAUGGGCAAAUACUGAAAUGUUUGUGGAUUUUAGAAGCCACACUGAUAAGCUUAAUGUUGGUUUUCUGGCACAAUUUUGCAUUAUUAAAAGAGAUGGUUUAUGAACAUUUAGAGAAAAAUGUGAUCAUAGAUACCAGCGUGAACUCAUCCCAGCCAAAUCCUGACUGACUUUAUUUUGUCUUUGCCUAAAGAGGUAGACUUAGGAAACUAGACGUUGUAUGUCCUUUAUUAACAUUCUCCUGUUAAAGACCACCAGGAAUGCACAUGUAGUUGAACAAGUUGGGUUUAAUGCUCAUUGCAGUGAUGGAGGGAACAUGCUAUGGGGAACCAUGGUGUCUUAGCAAGAGGGUGUUAGAGAGAACUUACAGGACUUGGGCUUUGGUUAAGUGAUUUUGGGGAAGGUUCAAGGAAGUGGGGCUUCACCCUGGAUUCGGUGCUGUCAGGGAAGCAGGGAUAAUUCUAUGAUUGGGUAUCUUAUCUAGGAAAAGGGCCAACUAAAGUGAAGCUGAAGCUGUAAUUGGUAAUGAAGCAGCAAUCACUUGGCUGGGAGAGGGGGAUGUUUGCCAUUUUUGAAUUUGCAUACUCACCUUGUUUUGUGCUUAAACAAAAUUAUGAAGUGGUCUUGUCUUUUUGCCUCACUUCAUCACAGUCGCUCAGUGCCCUUGUCUGAUGUUGGUGUUUUGUGAGAUUGUUUGUCUCCAACAAGAGAGCACCAUUUCCUAGCUGUGAUCCCAGGUCAUUUCGUACCUGCUAAGUCAUUGCAGAAAUGAGAAUAAUUAUGGGCUAAUUAAUAGUAGAGUUUGGUGGAAUCAAAACUGAACAUUUGUGCCUAGUAAAUGUUGAUUAGUCCAUUCAUGUUAGAGAAAUCUCUAGUCUCCCGUGAUAUAGCUAAGGGCUAUGUGUUUUGUUUUUUUUAACUUGUAUAAAAGUAUGAGAAGCCCUGUUAUCAACAGUAACACAAGGAAGUACUAGGUGAUACUGAAAGUGUCUGUAACUUGGAUUGACUAAAUUAAUCCAAGGGGUCAAUUUGGAUGAUUUUGAUUGACCCUCCCCCUAAAAAAUUGCUUGAGCCUGUCUGAGGAGCAAAUGCAGAGAUCUACAUUAAUUCACAUGAGAACAACACGGGACUUCCAACUGGCUACAAAAAAUUAAAAUCUUAGUCCUCAUAAUAUGUCAGUUCAUAAAAAGAGUCUGCUGUGUUCUAGGCACCUUUCUAAGAGCUCCAUAAAGGUAACCAUAGUCAUGCAUUGUAAAUAUAGCAGUUCUACCAUGUCUGAGUGGAACCACUCCUACAGCAUUGUGUGUUCUUCUAAGUGUAGUUUUUAAAGGGGGCCGUUGACAAAUCAGUGGAAUAGGUGAGAAAAAUUGACAAGACUGAGGGGAGACCCCAUAGAUGUCUUCAGGUAUUUGAAGGGCUGCCCAAUGGAGAAAAGGUCCUACGUUGCUGCAUAGGAAAUAAACGGAGUUGUAGAAUAAUAGCUAACAUUUACUGAGUACUCAAUAUAAGCCAAGGCACUGUGCUGAGCACUUUACAUGCAAUCUCUUGACACGAUGGGUACUAUUUUUGUGCCUGUUUUGCCCAGGAGAAAGCAGGCUUAAAGAGGGUAAUUAACCGAGGGUUCCACAACUAUUAAAGAACGGAGCCAGGAAUCUAUUCAGGCAGUCUGACUCCAGACUUGGUAUGAAAGUUCUAAUGAUAGAGCCAUCCAACAAUGGGACCACUACUUUGCAGUAACCUGCAAGGAAUAAUACAGAGGAAAUUUCCUCAAAUCCUGUUGCCCCUUCCAUCUUGGAGAGUGGGCUGGGACCAGGUUACCACAUCCAACCCUCUGCCUCCCCUAGGGGGCAAUUGUAGUUUACAUAUAAAUGCAGAUUGCAAAUCCAGGAAAUCUUGGUGCUCUCCUUACUUAG